AUGUCUGAAUUGAAAGUUCCUCACGGUCAUAAUCCAUGGGCUUCUAUAGCCAAUUCUGGUCCUAUCUCCAUUUUGGCAUAUUGUGGAUCGUCUAUUUUAAUGACUGUUACAAACAAGUUCGUUGUUAACUUGAAGAAUUUUAAUAUGAAUUUUGUCAUGUUAUUUGUCCAAUCUUUAGUCUGUUGUUUAACUUUAGUGGUUCUAAAAUUUCUUGGUUAUGCUAAAUUCCGUCCUUUAAAUAAAACAGAUGCUAAAAAUUGGUUUCCAAUUUCUGUGCUUUUGGUUUUAAUGAUUUACACUUCUUCCAAAGCUUUGCAAUUUUUGGCCGUUCCAAUCUAUACAAUUUUUAAGAAUUUGACUAUUAUUCUAAUUGCUUAUGGUGAAGUUCUUUAUUUUGGUGGUUCUGUGACUCCAAUGGAAUUAAGCUCUUUCCUUUUAAUGGUUUUAUCCUCAGUUGUUGCAACGUGGGGGGACCAACAAGCCAUUGCUGAAAAGGCUGCUGAAACUGUGACUGAAGAAGUGGGUUCUUCUGUUAGUGUUUUAUUAUUUAAUCCGGGUUACUUCUGGAUGUUUACAAAUUGUAUAUCUUCAGCUUUAUUUGUUUUAACCAUGAGAAAGAGAAUUAAGUUAACUAAUUUUAAAGAUUUUGAUACCAUGUUCUACAAUAAUGUUUUAGGUUUGCCAAUCUUACUGCUUGCAUCUUUCUGUAUCGAAGAUUGGUCUUCUGAAAACUUGAGUGUCAAUUUAUCUAGGGACUCCUUAACUGCUAUGAUUAUUUCCGGUAUGGCCUCUGUUGGUAUCUCUUACUGUUCUGGGUGGUGUGUGAGAGUCACUUCUUCUACCACUUAUUCUAUGGUUGGUGCCUUGAAUAAAUUACCAAUUGCGCUUUCUGGGUUAAUCUUCUUUGAUGCACCAAGAAACUUUUUAUCUAUUUUCUCUAUCUUCCUAGGUUUCUUAUCUGGUAUUGUCUAUGCUGUAGCUAAGCAAAAGAAACAAGCUAGUAAUAGUCGUAACUAG